CGGGAUUCAAUCCCGCUACCUCCGGCUUGUAGCAUAGUGCCCGAACUAACUGCGCUACCGCGUGCCCUCAAGGCCUCAUGAAGCCUCUGCAACGUUUCGCCGAUUCAUGUGAUUUGCAUUGAUUCGCAUUUUUGUAGAGUUGUUCUUUUGUUAUUGAAGUUAUGUUUGCGUGUACCAUUUAAUUGUUCGAUUUCCAGUUAUUUAUAUUCUUAUAUCUUGUUUUUCUUUUUCUGUUUGUGAAUUGACUUUAUUUUUCGUCGAUUGGUACGAUUUAUAUUGAGAUAUACUUAGGCGUUUUGUUCCCUUGGCUUGGAGUUUCUGUUGGAGCCAUGGUCCGAUGUUCAUCCAGUCAGCGUGGUUUACCUUUUUUAACAUUCCUUUUGUCGUCUUUUAAUUGUAAUUUGGGGUCUGUUUGAUUUAUAUGCUUUACUACCAACGGCCUUUUCAGUGUUUCAACGUUUUCUGAUAACUCUAAUCUUCGGUUACCCCAUUUAACGGUGGAGAAAGAAAUCCCUAUUGUUUUGGUUCCAGCUGUAUUUUCUGGCUGCUAUUUUGUUCGCCAUAAAAAUGACCGCACGAGGAAUAUCGCUGAAGUAGCUUGCCUCUGCGUCACAUGUCCAGUCAGUGCAAGUCUCAGACUUGUAGAGUUUUCAGCGUGGACGAUAAUGCGUGACACAGAAUUUGCAAACUUCAGAGAUAGUCUUCAGUAUAAACGUUAAGAUCUCCUGUCGCAUUAAAAGUACUGAAGGAAAACUCAGUUCUUAUGAAAUUAGUCAACAAGAUUGUAGUAACAUAGAAGAAUAUACAGAACUAUAAGGCUUAUUUUGGAAUUUAUCCAUCGUCUGGUAUAUAUAAGAAGGUGUAAUAUUGUUUUUUCCCCCCGUUUGGCACUACUGCCCCAGUUUGGGUAUUGUUCUGCUUCCAUCUGAUAAUGGUUAAGCUAGAAUGUACAAUAAAUCACGCAUUAUGUUGACAUUUCAAUGUUUCUGAUAAAUUUUUAAAUGUAAGUAUGCCAUGAAUUUCAAAAGUUGAUAAGCAGGGCAAAAACACACAAUAUAAUAUUUAGAAGUACUGCCUCUUGUUCAGCCUUCUGUUGUUUUCUUUCCGUGAAGCUUGCCUAGUUCAUGAUUCGUGAAGCCGCUUAUAUAGUGAAUUACAACAGAGCAGUGACUACAAGUAACGGAAAUAAUAACGCAGUCACAGAAUCCGAUAUCGGUCAUACUAUUUUGCAGUUUGUCUCCUUCGUUUUCCUGUAAAGUUAUCACAAAAAUCACAAACGUUGUAAAUUAUUAGAUUUAAGAACAUUGUCAUCUGUUAUAAGAUCCCGUAUAAGUUGCUUAAAGUUUCCUGAGAUUCGGAAGAAGGUAAUUCUACCAUUGUCAAGCUCAAGGAGUAAGCCAAACAAGCAGCCAGCAAGUUGCAAGUGAGGAUAAUCGCGUCUCCGACCGCAGGAAGAUAAUAUCUGGAGAGCCAUUAUUCAUGAUGCUGGCUCGGCAAUCGAAACUGAAUAUGUUCAUGGUACUUUUGUCAUAUCUGUAUGCCACCGAUGGCGCAAGAAUCCUGGGAAUAUUUCCCAUGCCGGCUAAGAGUCACAUGAUCGUACACUCAGCGCUAAUGAAGGAGCUGGCCCGUAGAGGUCAUGAGGUUACGGUCUUUAGCCCAUUUCCAGAGAAAUUUCCUAUCCCAAAUUUUACCGACAUCGAAUUCAAGUUGUCAUACUCUGAACUCUUACAGGUUUCGGUUCCAGGCAUGUUGGAUAUGUUCAACAUGGACAAGUUAUGGUUCUUCCAAACAGAGAAGAUAUUUUGGGAUAUUGGAAUCGGACUUUGCAACAUAUUUUUGCAAGACGACGCAAUUCAGAGGCUUCUCUUCUCUAGCAAAGAAGAAUUUGACCUUCUCAUUACCAGCGCCUUUACGUAUGAUUGUGUUUUUGGCAUGGGUUAUAAGCUAAAUAUACCAAUAGUUAAAAUAUGUCCAUUUGGGGGAAGAGAAUGGAUGGACGAAUGGUUUGCAAAUCCGAGUCCAUAUGCCUACGUCCCUGAAAUACUCCAGGAACACAGUGAAAGAAUGAAUUUGUGGCAGCGAAUUCAUAACACUCUUACAGAAAUACACGCAAAAUUGGGAAGAAUAUUUUAUGUCAUACCGCAACACGAUGCUAUUUUAAGAAAACAUCUGCAUAGCAACGACAUUCCAUCAAUUUGGGAGCUGCAAAAGUCAACAGCCCUUAUCCUGUUUAACAACCAUUUCAGCACUAGCUACCCAAGACCUUUGAUGCCCAAUAUGGUGGAGGUUGGGGGAAUGCAUAUCUCUCCCCCGAAAAAAUUGUGCGCUGACCUUCAAAGAUAUCUAGACGAGUCAUCAGACGGUGUGAUUUUCUUUAGUAUGGGAUCCAAUUUACGUAGCUCUAAUAUGAAAAACGCGACGAGAAAUGCUUUGCUCCAAGCGUUCUCUAAACUGAAGCAGAAGGUACUGUGGAAGUGGGAGACGGAGUCGUUACCAGGGAAACCCAACAAUGUCAAACUUGGAAAGUGGCUGCCACAAUCCGACAUUUUAGCGCAUCCGAAUGUGCGACUCUUCAUGACGCAUGGCGGGUUGCUGAGUACUCAGGAAGCAGUUGUUCGAGGUAUACCAAUUGUGGGGAUACCAAUAUAUGGGGACCAGGGUUACAACUUGGCCAAGAUCGUUUCUGCUGGUAUAGGAAUAAAAUUGGACGUUGGAAAUAUCACGACUGACUCUGUGUUGUGGGCAGUAAAUGAAGUGUUGAACAAUCCAAGAUACCGUGAAAACAUGCAACGUCUGUCCCGAAUCUACCGGGACCAGCCACUCACACCACUGGAGCAGGCCGCGUUCUGGACGGAGUACGUGAUCAGACACAAGGGAGCUCCUCACAUGCGCUCCGCUGCACUCGACCUCACCUGGUACCAGUACUUCCUGCUAGAUGUCAUCGCUGUGUUGACGCUAGCUGUAGGAUCGAUUGUUUUCUUAGUGUUUUUGAUACUCAGGAAGUUGCUGGGGAAAAUGUGCGGUGGCUCCAAACGGGAUGUUAUUAAAAAGACGAACUAAUGUAAUCUUGUACUGCCAUUAUUCAUAUUUUUGUUAUUACUAUUAUUAUUGUAUUUGACUUUGAAACCAUUUUAGUUAGUUCUUUUUUCUGCAUGGAUGUGUUUUGUAUUUGCAACGCAAAUGAUAAACUGUAAUUUUAAAUUAAGGGUGCCUCAGUGAAAACAUUACCACUCACAACACUGUACGACUUCCAAAAGUAUGUAAAUUUGAUAUAAUGAAUACUUAAACAUUAUACAAUAUUAUGAAGGAUCUAAAAUGAUUGUGUCUUCCUUAACAUUCAAUUUAUGUAGCCCCGAAAGUGUUGUUCUUUUAAAUCAGUUAGUUGCGUCGAUAUCUUGUCAUAUAUUUUCGCAUCCUCAGGUUCUUCCCAUUUUCGUAAACGUUUCGCAGACUUGGCUCUUCGUUGUGGUUUUAGAAAUGUCGACCUUCCACUAGAAUGUGUACACUUCUCCGUGCGGUAUUCACUUGUGGCAACAUGACUGAUGUGGGUGCCUGGCACGACAAUCAGUGACUCUGCUGUAGUCUGUAUCCAGUUGUGUUUUACUUGUUGAAUUCCUCUCCUGCAUUUAAUGGCUAAUGCCAUUAAGAUGGAAUUGUUUUGCUUCGUAAUUUCGGAGGGCUGCAAUUAUUAGAUUACGAGAUGUGAGGUUCUCACAGCGGUUGGAAUGUAGAAGAUUUCCUGUAGUUGUAUAGACACGUGCGUCUUCAUCCUUGAAGAUGGAGGCAGUAGUUUCCUCCAACAAUUUGGUUUCCAGUUUCAAGACUAUUUUUUAAUGCUAGUGCGGUGGGACUAAGUCCCUUGUACUGCGGCCACUUCUGGUCUAUUGUACCA